AUGUACGGUUCAGUGGAAACAACAAUCCGCACGAUUCGAUCGUCCAUCUUGCUGAUGCUGACGAUGCUAGUGGUGGAGCUGUGCACCGGUCCAGUAACGGUCAUGUACGAACGGACCCAACAGCUUAACGGGUACGAUUUAAUUGACUCUAGAAAUUUGCGCAUCCGAAAGUACAACCGUACAAUAUCCAUCUUGGACGGAACUUUUGAUGUAUUUCAAGACUUGGGUGACGAUUAUUCCUUCACUCUCAAGCUGGCGUAUAGUAAGUUGGGCAAUAAUCAGUUCAUAAAUUCACCCUUCCGGUUGCCGUUGCAAAAAAUGUGCCAGUUCCUCAACACCACCUAUCGCGACUACCGGGAGUUUUAUAGAAACAUAUCAAACUUUCCCGAGGUAGGUACCUGCCCGGCGGUUGCCAACCAGUAUUACAUCCGGAAUCAUGUUCUGGAUGCAGGGAUAAUCAACAAUUACUUCCAAACAGGAUUGUGGAAGGUCACAAUGAUUUUAUUCAAGAGCAACAAUGUGGAUCUUCCCAUCUACAUGAUCGAGUUUCUUUUCAGAGUGUCACGCGAAGGGUUGUUUUAA